CUAAAAUAAGUGAAUUUGGUGUAGCGUCAACACACGGAGAAUCAGUUUCCAAUCCACGCGCCUCCUCAAAACCUUUUCCCAAUUUCAUCAAAUCAGUUGCUUCAAAUUGCGUUUACAGAUUCCUCUUGAAAAAAAACUACAAAAAAGAAAACCUCGCAAUGGAUAAGACAGUUGUGAAAUUCUUCGAUUCCGUCGGCAGCUUUUUCACCGGCUCCGACGUGAUUCCUUGGUGCGAUUCCGACAUCGUAGCUGCCUGUGGACGUGAGGUUGCUGAAGCAGAGAAAGGUUCCUCUGAUAAGCUAAAAAGCGAAAGCAUCAUGCGCUUGUCUUGGGCUCUGGUUCACUCUAAAAGACCAGAAGAUGUACAACGAGGAAUAGCUAUGCUUGAAGUUUCUCUAGCUGGCUCUAACACCCCCCUGCUAGAGAGGGAAAGGGUGUAUCUUCUAGCUGUUGGAUACUUUAGAAAUGCGGAAUACUCUAGGAGCAGGCAGAUUGUUGAUCGCUGCUUGGAGAUUGCACCUGACUGGAAGCAGGCCUUGACCCUGAAGAAAGCCAUUGAGGAUAAAAUUACAAAAGAUGGAGUAAUUGGCAUUGGUAUUGCUGCAACUGCUGUUGGACUUGUGGCUGGUGGUAUUGCUGCUGCGAUUUCAGCUCGCAAGAAGUGAAAAACACUACGAUGUAGAUGACGAUGAUAUCAAUGCUAUGUGAGUUUUAAAGGUCCUUCCUUCUACAGAAGUUCUGUUGUAAAUUUGGAACUAAUCUUUAUUUCCAUGUUCAUUACUGAAGUAAUCUGCUGUGUGGGAUUUGGAUUGAGACUACACUUAAUGGCUAUGCAUAUUUAUCUUGA